GUGCGCUGCGCUAUAGGACAGAGUAACAGAGGACACUGGUUUGGGCGUUGCAUCGACACAGGCUUGUAAUAUGGAGCAACAAUCUUCGGCUUCGAAAGAGACUCGGGUGGUGGUGGACUUUCUGAGAGGGUCGAAAUCCAGCAUCAAACCGCAUGUCGGCGUCCUGAACGGCAAGCGUGUGGAGUACUUCAAAGGCUCCAAGGCGACAGCGGCAUUGCUCUCGCCAGCCUACGCCAAACUCAAAGGCGCACCGCCAGUCGCAAAUGAAGAGGAAGCCAACAAGCUGUUGCACGGAAUCAUCCCAUAUGCAUUCUUUCUGCGCGCAGACAAGGGGCCGAAGACAAAGGAAGGAGGGAGAGUACUGCAGAUCAACACGAUGCAAAUGUUCCAACCCGAGCUGUACUAUGUGUGGCUCUAUGAGGGCUCGCAGCUCGGGGUCAAGCUCGCAGGCCUGGGCAUGGUCGCCGUCAUGCUCGCCGGCGUCAUGUUUCCGCUAUGGCCGCCCAUCAUGCGCCAAGGUGUUUGGUAUCUCUCGAUUGGCGCCUUGGGCCUGAUCGGUCUGUUCAUCGCUAUCGCCAUUUUCCGACUCAUCUUUUACGUCAUUACGAUCGUCGUCGCUAGACCGGGUAUCUGGAUCUUCCCCAACCUCUUCGAAGAUGUCGGAUUCGUUGACAGCUUCAAACCACUGUGGGCAUGGGACAUCCCGCCUCCACCAAAGAAGAAAAAGACACUUUCUAUCGCUGUGGACGCUUCGCAUGGCACUACACAGGCCAAGAGGCAAGCAGUCGCAAACCUUCCCGGCAUCGGGCCUGUGGCUAGCCCGCAGAUGAAUGCUACCCCCCAAGCAGUCGCAGCGACUCCGACCACUGCAAAUGCGCCAUCUGUCACUCCGAGCAAUUCGGAUGCCAACGGCGGCUUCGGCGCGCAGCAGCAGCAGCCGCCGCUAAGUGCGUCGGCGAACCAGCAACAGUACGACAAGCUGGACGAAUUGGAUUAGGUGCGAAUUAGGUUACUCCCCUCUUGCAUUGCCCUACUGUACAACAGGCUUUACACAUGCAAACACAGAUACUAGGAGGUAUACAUCC